GUAAAAGUAUGAAUGAUCCGCAGGGAAUUGGUAUUUACGGCCACUGUGCAGACGAUAUUUUGCUCGGCUGGAAAACGGGCAAUAAAAUCUACAGGAUAGGUAAAUGGAGGGAGAAAUAUUCGCAUCUCCAAUAGAACCCCUGUUUAAUCAUGAACAUGCAUUGGAGACAGAUAUUUUGCAAGACUGGUUGAUAAAUCUGGCAAAAAAGAAUUUCAGGCACAUCAAUCAAGCACACUCUAAACAGGGCCUGUUCAAACAAGUGAAUGUUGUGGAGACUAUCAUGUAUGCUGCUGAAAAAUUGAAAAUAGCACAAGAAGCCAAAUAUCUUGCAAUCGAGUUAUUUGACAGAUUUUUAUACAAUCACCUUCAAGAUCUUCGUGAUCAUGUGUUAAAGUUGCCAAAAAAAAGACAAAUGAAGGAAUGGAAUAGUCUUCAGGAGGGUGUGUCAAACCAGGUGUUGCUGCGCAUCGUAUCUUGUUGUCAGAUAGCCAGCAAAUUAACAUCUCACUAUAAGGCAUUCUUAUUUCAGGUUGUUUCCAUCAACAGAGCCAAGAGAUUUCUGUGUACCUGUGGCUAUCGCUAUGCCUCUGAAAGUCUACUUCAAUCCGAGCUUAGAGUGCUAAAAACUCUGAAAUUCCAAGUCACAGAACCAACACCUAUUGUUUUUAUAGAAACUCUACUUGAAAUUUUAGGUUGCAAUAAUACUAAAGCAGAGGUGAAAACAUACUACUAUGUUGCACUCAAACUGCUGGACUUGUUGUAUUUGAAGUACCACACCUUUUAUAAGAUUCUGUUUGAAGUUACAAGUUCAUCCAAGAUACAUUCCAAGGAACAAAAGAGGGAGUUUAGCAAAGUGAAAGCAGACCAACUACUGCUGGCCACUGCAGUCAUAAGCUGCUCUGUUUACAUGGUGCAAGAGGACAAGGCAGACGAAAUGAUUAAAGAACUGUACAGGAUUACAAGAAUUUCUAAGAAUGACAUUGAAGACUUUGCCUCUGUUCUGAUUCAGCUGGUAGAAGAGGAAUAAAUCACCAUCAAAGUCUCAGUUUAUAUGAGAUCAAAAGGACCUUUAAUUUAAGCUUCUAACAGACAUGUUAAAUUUGACUUGCUCCACCCCUCUUUUUUUUUCAGGGGAGUGUCUUUUUAUUUUUGCAACACAUCAGUUGAAACAUGCAAGACAUGCCAUAUUUUAGUCUGUGAUACAAAUAUCUUUUUUGAAUUUAAUUUGAACUAUCUUUAUGAAAAGUUACAUUUUUUGCAAAGAGACUGUGAUUGUUACUGUGCAAUAUGUGAAAGGAAACAUGAUGUAUAAACAUUAGGAACAUUAUUAGGUGGAACUACGUACCAUUUUUUUUUACGACAUGUAAAAUAACCUGAUAUACUUUUUCCGUUUGCUUUAAAGUGUAUUAGAGUAGAAUUAAAUUGAUAUUCACAUUUA